CUCCUGGCUACCCCAGGGAUUCCCACUCCGAGGGAGUCACUGGCAGAGCUCACUGCUGGAACUCAGGACAUCUCUCCCUGUGAGAGCACAACCAAAGAAGAAGAAGAAAGUGGAUGUGAGGAAAGAGCAAGCACAGAAGGAUCGUCUGAAAAAGAAGAUUAAAAAGUUGGAAAAAGCUGCCCCAGAACUUAUUCCAAUUGAGGAUUUCAUAACACCACCUCAGUACUUAGACAGCAACAGGGUGAGAAGUCUUCCUGCUCUGUCUCCUGAAGAGACUGAAAGAAGAGUGUUGCUUCUGAAGAGGUGGUGUUUGUUUAAGCAGAAACAAGAUGAGGCAGAGAAGAAAGCAAUUCAGACCCUUGUGGAAUCUCAGCAAGAGGCACUAAAGGAACUGCGGCUGGAAUCCGAGGAGCUGUACCAGGCAGCGAUCCGGCGGGAUGAGGGGCUUUUCCCCUUUGAGAGGGAUGGACCCAAGCACACCCCUCCCCUGCCUGGCUAUGAUCCUCCCGAAGGAAAAUGUGUUGAUAUCACCAAAGUGUACACACAGUGAUGGAGGAGUUUGUGGUUCACCUGCCCUGAGCUGCUCAGCCAACUGCAGGAAGAAAGAAUGGAAAAAGAAUAAGCAAUUCCUCCUGCAGGUUACAACACUGUAGGUGUGUGACUG